AUGAGAUCAUUGGCCGCUGGACACGGAAGCCAGGACACAGCAUCGAUGCCCAAGCAGGUCACCGACAUCAAGCAGUUCCUCGAGAUUGCGAGGAGAAAGGACGCCAGGGCUGCUCACGUCAAGCGGACGCUCACCAAGACGGGUUCGACGCAGACCAAGUUCAAGGUCCGCUGCGCUCGCUACCUCUACACGCUCGUCGUUGACGACAAGGAGAAGGCCGAGAAGCUCAAGCAGAGCCUUCCCCCGGGGCUCAACGUCAAGGAUGUUGGCGUCAAGGGCAAGGCCACUCGCAAGUAAAUGAAAAAAAGAAGGGGUGCCCAGCGUCCUUGAAAAGGAUCCGAGACUCUCUCUCUCUCUCUCCCCCUUGACAACCGCCCUUGUAUUCUUCCGACACGACAACACACACAACACACACACAUUCACAUUCUGACAUGCAUGUAGUCACCGUCACAAUAUGACCCCCACUGCCAGGUUCAGAAGCUGUUGUUUGCCACGGGACAGAGUCGCUAGACAUCACAGGUGGAAAAGAGGCUGGGAGAAGGAGACAUGUUAACGCUACAAAGCCAAGAGCUAAGGAGAAAAGUGGGGGAAAAGACAUCCAGAAUGAGAGAAAGAGAGAUUUUGCGGACGGU